AUGGACCAGUUAACAGCAGCACUAAAAACAAUAAACAAUGCAACAAUAAGCGGAAAGUCCGAGGUACUCGUCAGGUCGCCAAACAAAGUAGUAAAGGGGUUCCUUGAGUUCAUGCAGAGCAAGGGGUAUGUUGGAACUAUUGAGUAUGUAGAUGAUCAUAGAAAAGGAAAGGCCAUCGUUGCACUGAACGGAAGACUCAACAAGUGCGGAUCAAUAUGCCCUAGAUUUGACGUGGCAUUCCGUGACGUAGAGAGAUGGAGAAAGCUUCUCCCAGCAAGACAGUUUGGGCAUGUUGUCAUAACAACAUCUAAGGGAAUAAUAGACCACAAAGAGUGUGUUGAAAAGCACGUAGGAGGUAAAAUACUUGGAUUCUUCUACUAA